AUGGCAUUAAAUGAUGACAAACCGUCUACUCCCUUGAUAGAUGCAACGUUUGUGACGAGUAGAAACUCCAGAAACAAUCAGAGUUCCGUAACAUUCAGAGAAACAAGUGGAUCUAAUUCUUUCAUCUCUCAGCCUCUUUUUGCUGUCUUCUGGUUACUCGUAGUUCAAAUGCUGGAAAGAAUUGCUUACUAUGAGAUCACACUCAACAUCACGCCAUACGUUGGAGCCUACUUGGACGUUAAAAUGUCAGGUAGUGUUUCAUUGUUUGUGAUCACUACUUUUGCUGUGGGAACGAUGAGCACCAUAACACCAGUUUACGGCUUUCUGAGUGAUGCAAAGUUUGGUCAGUACAAUACUCUUGUUACCUGCUUUGUAUCAUAUUGUAUUGGAGCUGGUCUCAUUUGUGCAUCUGCAUAUACAAUUGCAAUGCACGUGACAAAACCAGAGGCUCUGCCAGAAGCUCUCUAUUUCACAGGUUUGGUCUUUGUUCUUCUCUUCAGUGCUUCAGGAAUCAGAGCCACACUUGUGCCAUUCAUGUUGGAACAACUAACAGGUGACAACCAGAGAAGCAAAUAUCUCACACAAUUUGUGAGUUGGUCAUAUCUAUUUGUCAACAUUGGAGCUGCAAUAGCAUUUCUGUUGGGAGGAUAUCUUCAAUCAAUAAACUUCAAGUCUACAGAUGAGAGGUUAAGAAACAAAUUCAUAAAAAAUCGAGCACCCGGAUUUUAUGUACCAAACAUAAAAGCAAUAUUUCGAACAGCUUUCUGUAAAGAUGAUUUGCCUCAACACUACUCCAGAAGUGCAUUACGGUAUUAUGAACAGGAACCAGACAGUGAAGAAGAGAAAGUUAAGAAAGAAAGACAAGAACAUAUCCAAAGGCUUGCGCCUAUUCUGCCUCUCCUGUGUGCUCUGAUGCUGUAUUUUACAAUUCAGUCUCAAGUAGAAAAUGGAUUUAUAACACAAGGCCAAAAAAUGGAUCGUGGAGAGUUACCAGAUAUUCCCAUUCCUACUGCUGAUCUGACUGCGGCAUUUGAUCCACUAGCUGUCAUCAUGUCUGUACCCAUUAUGCUGUUUUGUGUGAAGCCACUGUAUGAGCGAAUAGCACAGCGUACUCUCUAUAAUGUUGUCAUGCCGCGAAUCCGUUUGGGCAUGUUAUUGGCAUUUUUAUCAUGUGGAGUGACAACAUUUAUUGAAUCUUAUAAAGACAGUGGAGGUGAUAUGCCAAGGCCAAAACACCAUCAUAUAAAUAAUUUCACUGAAUGCUACUGGAACAUUCCCAUCUACAGCCAAGUACCACAGUAUGUCCUAAUGGGAAUGUCAGAAGUGUUGACUGUAGUCGGUAUCAUGGAGUUUGUGAUAAGUUCUUCUCCACGUCAGUUUCGUUCCACAACAUUUGGGCUCACCUUUUGUAUCAGUGGUUUGGGCAGAUAUAUAGGUGUGGCUCUACUACAAUUUCUUCAUGCUGUUGAUCAUACAUUGACCUUUCCACCAUUGAGACAUUCAAACAAUACUAUUUAUUGCGACAUCGACAAGGAGAUGAAGUCUAAGCCUUACGUGUAUUUUAUGAUCCUCACUUGUCUCAUUGCUGUCAAUCUUGUCAUCUUUUUACUAUUUGAGAAUCGAUUUCGUAAAUAUGUAAGGAUUGCUCCUCUUCCUCGAAACUAAACAUGAUGCAAAUAGACAA